AUGGCUUUACGACGGAUUCUAGAGACACCGAACCACUGGCUAAUUCAAGCCAAUGACCCCCCAAGCAGCCAGCAGCUCAAGUUGCGUUUGACUGGCCACUAUCCGACCUGGGACCUUGAACUUGCACGACCCGCACUCCAUUACCUACAGUCUGGAAUAGCCGCAAAGUCGACAAAUGAAGUAUGGCAAUGGACAAUUGCAUACUUUUCAUCGAACCCCAAGUCCCCACAGAGCCUUCAGGGACUUUCGAGGGCCGAAAUAAUCAAUAGGCUAUUUAAAGGCUACGAUGCCUUUACCGACCUCUGCUCCGGGGGGCCACGAUAUCUCAAAACGUCCUGGGAUAUUGAGACCGCCGUACUGGCAAUAUAUUCGCUACAUUUUCGAGUUGGAAGCGAAACCAUCCUGGCACGUUUCGAUGACACUCUGGCUGGGAUGCCUGAGAGCCUCCCGCAGCGGGCCCCAAUUGACCACAUCAAGCUACUGGACAUAAUAUCGACAGCCGCAAAGAAGGUCAAGUCCUUCAGGGAACUGCGGGAUGAACUUGGCGUAGAGGAAAUCAAGAGGAUCUUGGCGGGUGGGGGGCUGAGCCCCUCUGUGGCACAAAUGUGCCAGAGUAAAAGCUUCAACCUGGAGAACCUGAAAUGCCUGGCCAAUGAUUACCCUGACCCUGCUACGUCCAGCGAUCCCGUUAUAUACAUGCAUAUCAUUGCCUUGUCUGACCAUGAAUUCUGGCUGUACAUUGAACAUGCCGUCGUUACAAAUAUCCGCAUUUCUGGCCACGAACGGGCUAAAGCAGACGACCGCUCUCUACAUUACUACAUAUGGCGUCAUGUCCUGGCCACCGAGUCCCCGUUUUCAAAGUUCGUAAUGCUUUACAAGCAUCACAAGAACAAAGAAGCGCUAACCCGCCACGACCGUGGGGUUGCUGUAUCUUCCAGACUUUGA